CAGAUUAAAACCUGCGCCAUAUAUUACCCGUUUCUUUUCUUUUUCUUUUUUUUUAAGCGACUAGCUUUGGUUUGCUUUUGCUAACAGCCUCUUCAUGCUAACCCCCUUAACUCAAGAUGGCGGCUCGAUGUGAGAUUAAAUAUGUAUCUACACGGGCGGAUAGCUAGGCUAGCACCCUUAGCAAAACAGCUAGCUAAAGAUAUUUGAUUAGUGCGAGGUUUCAUUAUUUUGUAAACACAGUGUUGUAUGUGUGUGCCCGCGUUAGUGAACGAUAUUAUUUUAUAAAAGAGCAUAUUCAGGUGAUAUAUAAAAGUUGUGGAAACGUUAGCAAGUUGGCUCAGUUUCACUUCUUAAUAUUGAGCUAUUGAGCAAAGGGUGAAGGCCUGGAGAACCACACCACAACACAACCGCCUUACAGUCAGGCCUCCCCAUCGUACUACAGCUACAAACCAGGGAAAGCGCUAUCCGCCCCCUUCCGCAUACAUAAGAGACACCUACGAUUGGCUGGUGUCGCUGUGAUUGACAUUGACAUCCCUCCCAUCCAGAAAGCACAGUCAGUUUAUUCUGUCUUGGACUCCUGGCCACGGAUGGCUGUCAGGAUUCGUACUCGCGGUUUCCGGUCGACGGGGGGAACGCUUUUCUGUCACGCCACUCGGGAGCGUUUUUCUCUUUUGAUGCCCCAUUCUAGGCGGUACGCAUCGUCGGAGCGGGCCAGCCGCAGCAGCUAUCAGGACCGCUAUCGCGAGCGUGACCGAGAGCGAGGGAGAAAGCCCAGACACCGGCGCUCGCGAACCUUCUCCUCAAGCAGCGACCGAGAAAGGAGGGGACGAGUACACAGGCAGGAGGCCACCUACGCACGCUCCAGGAGCUACGACAACCGUUCUGUGGACAGGAGGCCAUACGACAGGCGCUACGGAGAAGGCUACCGGCGGCAGGAGCACGAACGAGAACGCGACCGUGAACGUGAGCGACUGUCCCCGGACAACUACCACUCCCGCGACCCUUCCACCAGUUAUGACUACCGCCGCAUGCACCAACGCCACAAAGGCAGCAGGCGUAAGCACAAACGAAGGCGGCGUAGAACCAGGUCCUAUAGCCCAUCCUCCUCGCGGAGUGCCAGUGGGACGCGGCCGCUAUGUGUGAGGGACGACGAGGAGGGUCACCUGAUCUGUCGGAGUGGCGACGUCCUGCAAGAGAGAUAUGAAAUUGUCGGCACUUUGGGCGAGGGAACGUUCGGAAGGGUGAUGGAAUGCAUUGACCAUCGCAGAGGUGGAUCCCAUGUGGCUCUGAAAAUCAUUAAAAAUGUUGAGAAGUACAAGGAGGCCGCGCGACUGGAAAUCAAUGUACUGGAAAGGAUCAAUGAGCGAGACCCUGAAAACAAAAAUCUGUGUGUACGGAUGUUUGACUGGUUUGACUACCAUGGCCACAUGUGUCUCAGCUUUGAGCUGUUAGCACUCAGCACCUUUGACUUCCUGAAGGAGAACAAUUACCUGCCUUAUUCCAUCAGCCAGGUCCGACACAUGGCCUACCAGCUCUGCCUAUCUGUCAAGUUUCUGCAUGACAACAAGCUGACCCACACAGAUUUAAAACCAGAGAAUAUUCUAUUUGUCAACUCGGACUUCACCAUGACAUACAACAUAGAGAAGAAGAGAGACGAGCGUACAGUGAAGAGCACUGCAGUGAGGGUAGUAGAUUUUGGCAGUGCUACAUUUGACCAUGAACACCACAGUACAAUCGUCUCCACCAGGCACUAUCGUGCACCUGAGGUUAUUCUUGAAAUGGGUUGGAGCCAGCCGUGUGAUGUGUGGAGUAUUGGCUGCAUCCUCUUCGAGUAUUACCUUGGCUUCACACUUUUUCAGACUCAUGAUAACAGGGAGCACUUAGCCAUGAUGGAGAGGAUAUUGGGUCCUGUCCCUUCCAGGAUGAUCCGCAAAACGAGAAAGCAGAAGUACUUUUACCGUGGACGUCUCGACUGGGAUGAAAACUCCUCAGCGGGACGAUAUGUUCGGGAGAACUGCAAGCCCUUGCGACGGUACAUCCUGUCGGAGGCUGAGGAGCAUCACCAACUGUUCGACCUGAUUGAGGCCAUGCUGGAGUAUGAGCCGCCAAAGCGCAUCACUCUGGCUGCAGCGCUCAGGCAUCAGUUCUUCCAGAGUCCCAUCCCUGCUAGUGAGCAGACAUCAGGAAAGCCUUGGGAGGCCAAUCGUGACAUUAGCCGGUGACGUUUGGCUCUACCUGCCUUAGAUAUUUGCGCUAAAAGAGAAAAAAAAACCUCUUCACGUUAUUGAGGGAUUGUGAUCAGAGUUAGUGUGCAAGAACAAUUGGAGUUCACCUGGUGAAGUUGAUCCUUUUUUUUUUUUUUCCAGGCAAACCUCACUGACCAAGUAGUUUUAAGGUGGAUACGAAUUGUCAGGUUAUACUGCCGUGUCCGCUUUAAAGUAUUUAAGGGUGAUACAGGACUUUGUUUUAAGUUGGAACUGGUUACAGUAGUUUCGUAUUAGGAACUCAUGGGUAGAUUAAGUACCAUAGGAUGCCAUUUCAAAGGUAACUCACAAACACAGAGUCUUCCACACAUCAAGGACAAGAUGGAAAGAAAAUGCGUCCAGACACAACGCACGUGGAAAAGCUUAAGAGCGAAUGUGUUGUUGCCUAUAUAACCAUUAAUAGGUUUGAAAUUGGCAAAAUGGAGAGAACAUCUUUGAGUCAUAUCUGUUGUAGCAAAACCCAAACAAGGUUUUUUUUGUUGUUGUUUUCGAGAAGCUUUUGGGAAAAAUAUGAAUGUAAACAUGAAGAAAAGCACCAAACUGGCUGCAUUGUUUGCAUUGGAUUCCAUUGUAAUUGGACACUGAGCCUGAAUUACGGUCUCCUGCUUAGUCGUAUUUUUAUCGGACAGGCAAUAGCUGAAGAGCUGUUUUGGCAUAGACACACUCCUUGAUCCUAGAUCUGUCAGUCUCAUUCAAACAGAAGCUACUAUUCUAUGUAGCUAAGUGUUGCGUCGUCGUCGUCCCCCCGGUGUGACUGCUACAUCCACACACACACACACGUAUUUUCUAUUGAAGCCUUUUGUCCAUGUGAUCAAGCACAGACCUUUUGUGUUCUGUGUCAUUCUUGCCAGCACAGGUUUACAGUAUUUAUUUAAAUCAGCAUUAUUUUUGUUUUGUGUUUUUAUAUGAAGCUAAAGGUGUAUAUCUGUAUAUACAAAUAUAUAUGUAUCAUUGACUGUAUAGAAUAAAGGCUCUGUCUGUCUGCCUGACGUUUGUUAAAGUCGUGGCAGCUUUACAGGCAGAAAACAGCAGACAUGUUGUCACA